AUGGAAGAACGUCACAAAGAAUUGCAGCUACUAUCCAGUACUAAUCCACACACUGCACCUUCUUCAUCACAGGCUUCAUCCUGGCCAUCUGAUUCGUCAUCUAAAUUACGAUCGAGGGAUCAUUUUGAUGGUCCAUCACUAGACCUUCAAUUGUCAAUAAGUGUUGGCCCACUCAAGCCACCAUCAGAUUGUGUUGUAAUAAGAAGAGUUAAAGAUUACAAUGAUGUGAAGAAGUUUGAUACUAGCAAUGUCGAGGCCUUGAAAUGGCACGCGGCGGAGCAAAUUCGACUGGCGGCGAUGGAAAAGGCUUAUGCGGAGCGUGUAAGGGAGCUUUCGAGGAGAGAAAUGGAGUUGGCCGAGUCUGAAUUUGCUCGUGCUCGGGCCCUAUGGGAACGAGCACGAGAAGAGGUCGUGAAGGCUGAGAGAAUGAAGGAAAAGGCCAUUGGAAAGAUGGAUUCAAGAUGCUUGGAAAUCACUUGCCAAUCCUGUAGACAAAAGUUUCUACCUUAA